GAAGAGUCAGUGUGGACUUAGGCCACUGAAGAUGGAGAUCCAUUUACCUAGUUUGCCGAUGAUGGAAAUCCUCUCCUAUCUGGAUGCCUACAGUUUGCUACAGGCUGCCCAAGUGAACAAGAACUGGAAUGAACUUGCAAGCAGUAAUGUCCUGUGGAGGAAGUUGUGUCAAAAGAGAUGGCUCUACUGUUGCAUGUUCACCCUAGAGCUCCAUGGCUUAGAGACAUGGAAGCAGUUCUUCUUUGACAAAACAUGGCAAGAACAGGCCAAGACCCGGGCAAAGCCAGAAGAUUUCACUUACAAGGAAAUUCCUGUGGAGUUUGAAAUUCGGUCACAUCCACGUUAUAUCUCAAGGCAUGGCUUAACAAGAAAUGGACAAGGGAAGUCUGCUGUCUGUAUGAUAACUUCCCUGAACAGGAUUUCUACCUGGGAUAUUCAGGAGGGUGCUAUGACCUGGAUAAGCCCAAAACAGCCCUCCUAUAUCGCAUUGAUGACUACCCUCCCAGAGAUGCACAUUGCAGUCACUGUAGAUAUGCAAUCAACUAUCAAACUCUGGGACUGCCACAACAGGGAAGUUCUGGCGACUAAGGGCCUGUUCUUUUGCUAUCAAUUACUGCAAGCUGAAUUUACUAAGGAUGGCCCUAUUGUCUUGGUAGGUGACAUCUUGGGAAACCUCUACAUCUUCAGGAUUCCUGACUUACACCUCAUUUCCAAGGUGAAUGUAUUCCCAUACCGUAUUGAUGAACUCUACUUCUCUCCUCAGAAGAAAUGGGUCUUUCUGAUGGGGCCCCGCCUACAUGACUUGACAAAGGUGUUUUACAUGAGCAGCUUACUGAAGACAUCAGAAUUCUCUGCCCCAGUGUCUACCAUUCUCCAAGUUCCAGUAAUCCGAAAAGUCUUCUGGACCCCAAGAAGGGAAGACAGGAUAACCCUGAUGUCAUUAAUUUUACCCCAAAACAUCACAAAAUUUGACACAUUUGAUAUGAAGGUGGAAGGGAUCAGGAACAAAGUAACUAUUCAAGGAUAUUUGACAGCCAGCUUCUUGCUGGCAGAACAUGAGGGGAUACCAGAAUAUUUUGGAGUCAGUGAUAAGGACGUGAUUGUUUGUUCAACUAGAUUCUCUCUCUUGCUCUUCGACAUAAAUGGUGUCCGUCUGCAGUCAUUUCAGUACUGCCCAGAAGAGAUCUGGAAACUAUGGGUGGACCCUGUUCAUGUCAUUGUCACCUGUGAUGAUGGCACUUUGGAUGUAUAUGCAUGGGAGAAGAGAAGCCUGCUACUAAGGAAGUGUUAUCGAGUACUAAAUAGGGGACAUCAGCCAACGUCUGGCUUCAUUCUUGAAACAUUAUGCGACGAUGUGAGCAUAAUUUUAGUGAUAAAUAAUAGUCCCAACCCCUGGUGUCUGAUAGCAUAUACCUUGAAUGUCUGCUCUUGAAAACUGAGUGUGUUGAGUGUCGUCUUCCUCAAUGAUAAUAAAGGUCUAUUU